CGCAGGCGAAGCCAUCGUGCCCGCCAUCCGCAGUCCGCAAUCCGCUCUUGAAAUCCGUACGGAAAAGUUUCCAACCUGCGUAUUGAUUUUAGUGACGACCUCAACGACAAGAUGCAAUUAAGCCGCCUGCUGCUAGUGACCCUCCUGGUCUUCGGCCUUAUCCUGGCCCAGACGGAGUCCCGACGCCUGAUCUUCUACAGUCCCCACAGCCGACCCCUCACCAGCCAGCUGCUCGUCUCCCGGAAAAUGCCGCGGCCCUGUCCUGCCGGCAAGAUGCGAGACCACCGGGAUCGGUGUCGCCGGGCCGUGAUCUUCGGACGCAGCAACUGAGCCACCACUGGGAAUCAGACGCCCCACAAUCUCCAAUUACACACUUUUUUUUUGUUAGUCGUAAGCUAAUUUAUUUUAGCAAUAGUUGCGUCACAAUGUGACGGCCAAGUAUUUAUUACACUAUUUAUUUUUAGCUGUUAACAAUGAUAAGUAAUAAACUAAUGUGUCCGUAAAGAUAGAAACCGAAGAACAGAACCUUACAUGUUUGCUUGGUAAUCGGCAGAAAUAAACGAUUAUUUGUGAAAGAUA